AUGGCGUCGACCGCCACGCCAUCGCGCCGCGUCCGAGCGCGCGAGACGAGACCGACGCCACGCGCAGGCGACGCCAAGUCCAUCUACCUCGUCGAGUCCGCUCUGGAAUUACCGCGCCUCCAGUGCCCGCCCUGCCCGGCGCGCAACGACAAGUGCCCGGCCCUCGCGCCGCUGAAGACGUGCCUCCCGGGCAACCCCGCCGCGACGGACUGCGUGGGCCACGAGUGCGAGUUCGGCUGGUCGCGCGCUGCGUAGAAAUCAAUCCCAACUGACGUGAUCUUGGCUCAGUGAUUGCGUCUGCUCGAUGGCGUCGGACUCACUGGUUUAUUUCCGCACAGCAAGCCCAUGAAUUGUGCUGGUGGCGGCGUGUAUCGCGUCACCUCCACCUACUACUAUGAUCGUGAUGGAUGCCCGAACGUCUGCGUGGCACCGACGGCAAAACCGACGAAGAAGCCGACGACGCCCUACCCGACGCGUUCUGAUUAUGGCACGUGCCCUCGCUUUGUUGUGGUGCCCAUGGCACACCUCGCAGAGCGUAGCUGGUCCCUUCGGACCCUUGCACCGCCUUGGCGUCUCCUGGACGCCGCACCAGCCACAAGACCAGUCGUCCGAGCGCGGGCCGGUCUCGCCUCUUCUCCAACGCGUGUGGCACGUGCCGCAGAGCGUCUUCGGGCCGCCCGGGCCUCGGCAGUGCUUGCCGUCGGUCCGUGGACACCAGUUGCAUCUCCAGGGGGGCGUCUUCUUCUUCGCCUUCCCUUUCUUCUUGCCGCCGCGCGCGGACAUUGUGAUCUACACUGAUUUUUGA